AUGGCCUUGUCUGCCGCCCUCGCCCGGGCGCAUCUCCUCCGCGGGAGCCUCCGUCCUGCCGGAUUCGCCGCCGCCGUCUCUCCACUCUCAUACCGCAGCCAGUGCCAACUCUGCAGUACCCCUACCGCGAACGAGCCCUCCGCCGCGGGACCGUGGGACGAGGCCGAGGCGGAGAUCCUCCGCGACGUCGAGCCCGUCGUGAACCUCGUCAAGGACAUCAUCCACUCCCGCAGGUCAACUUCGGUUUCCAGUACCUACUGUUGGCUAUCUUCUCCUCAGGAUCUUCAGGAUGAUACAUAA